AUGAAAAUGCUGCAAACUUGGGCUGUGCUGACGGUCGUGCGGCUCGGCGGCGUGGAGCUCCGCGCGCGGGACGGGCAGGAGCUGCCCAGUGGGGACCCCAAGGAGGAACCUUUCCGGGAGGACCAGUGUCCUCUGGAGGUGGUGUUCCCCGCUGAGAAGGCUGAGGGCCCGGGGCAGCUCGUCAGUGUGGACGAUGGAGAAAGGGCAGCGAGCCGCGAGGGCCCGCGGGGCCUGGGCAAGAAGCACCUGCACAUCGACGCACUCCACUGCGAUGUCUCGGUGGAGGACAACCGCCAGGAGUGGACCUUCACGCUCUACGGCUUUGACAACAGGGGGAAGGCCACCAGGGAGGACAUGUCCAGCCUGAUGCACACCAUCUACGAGGUCGUGGACGCCUCCGUCAACCACUCCAGCAGCAGCAAGACCCUCCGCGUGAAGCUGACCGUCAGCCCCGAGCCCGUCGGCAAGAGGAAGGAUGGUCCCCCCGCUGGCCAGGACCGGGAGCCGCCUCGCUGCCGGGUGGAGGGCGAGCUCACCGAGGACCCCAGGGCGGUCGACAGGAGGCUGUCUGCGCACAUCAGGAGGCCCAGUGCUGACCCCCACCCCUGCUCCGUGCGGGGGCCGUACUGUGUGGACGAGAACACCGAGCGGAGAAACCACUACCUGGACCUGGCUGGGAUCGAGAACUACACAUCCAGGUUCGGACCCGGGUCCCCGCCGGCACAGGCCAAGCAGGAGCACCAGGGCAGGGCCGCCCACCCCCCGAGCAGGUCCCGCUCCCAGGACGCAGACGCACACGCCACGCACAACCGCAGGUCCCAGGUGCUGGCUGACCACGCCCUACCAGCCGCGGAGCCCCCCGGCCGGGCCCUGGAGGUGCAGCCCCGGCUGAAGGGGGAGAAGCAGUUCCUCAAGUCCCCCAAAGGCUCGGGCAGGCCUCCUGGGGGACCUGGUGGCGGCGUGUCUGGUGGUGGUAAGCCUGGGAGGACCUUCAGCUACUACCCGCUGGCCACCCCACCCCAGGCCCCCCAGGACGGCCACCACCUCCCACAGCCCCCGCCGCAGCCCCUGCCGCAGCCCUACGGCCACAAGCGGUACCGGCAGAAGGGCAAGGAGGGCCACUCGCCGCUCAAGGCCGCCCUGGGCCAGCCCUCGGCGCUGGAGCACGAGGUGGUGCGGGACCUGCCGCCCCUGCUGGUGGGGGAGGGCUGCACGGCGCCCGCGGUCCAGCGCCACGAGCACCACCACCACCACGAGCACCACCACCACCACCACCACCACCACCACCACCCGUCGUAGUCCACCCCCACCCGCCAGCUCCGGUCCCCAGCGGGGCAGCCCAGGUGGCACUGGGGGCACGUGAGAACGGGGCCCGUCGUCCCUCCUCUGCUCUGCUGUCCUCCGUGCUGUCCAUGGAUGUCGUGUUGAGAUGAACAUGUCUGAUGCCACUGACAUUUCCAUUACGAAGUUAUUCUGUGUAACCCAUAAAACCAUAUGUAAGCGUAGAAAAAUACACUUGUAUCGUUCAUUUAUGAUUCCAAAGCGAACCCUUGUGGUGCUGCAAGGACUGCGCGCGGACAACCUUCACGCUUUUCUUGAGGUGCCUUGCGUGUCGCGUGCCUUGGACUAACACGUGCAGGCUGGCGAGGCCGUUACGACGUGGCCAGGCUGGAUGGACGGCGGCACAGCCCUCGAGUCGUUAUUCACUGUGAUGCCCAAAGGGCAGACGUUCUUCCGCGCUCUGCGACCCGGCACACCAUGCCCAGCACCCACCGAAGAAGCGGAGGGGCGGCCACAGAGAGGGGCGAGGCGCUCCUUGGAGAGUGGUCAAGAAAUGCAGGCUGUGAGGCCACGAGAGCAGGCGGGUGGGUGGCACCAGCAUCUUAGUGGACACGCCUUGGACAGACGGGCCAGGGAGGGGGUGAGCUCCCACGAGAGCGCGCAGCCCACUAGCCAGGCGGCAGGACGCUCGCCCUUUGCGCUCACACAAGCCAUCGCGGUGCUCACCUGUGGGAACAGGCGAUCCCUCUGGGAGGGUCAGGAAAAGGGUUCCAGACACGCAGGAAGUCCCAGUAGUGCAGGGCAGUGCGUUGCAGGGGCGUGGACCGCCGGCCAGCCACAUCCCUGAGGCAGGACAGUCCUGCGGCCCCUUCCUCCGUCUGCGACGAGCAAGAGGACUCGCGGGCAGCGUGUGAGUUUGUGCGGGUGAUUUUGCGUUGACCUUCAUAGAGCUAUUUUUAAGAAUCAAGCAAACUGGUGGUUGAUUUGUAAUUGAGGUUCUUUUACCCAGGCAUAAU